AACUGUUGCAUACACUUGCUUGUUGUAGAUUUAUAGUUUUUCUAGUUAAGAGUUUGCGAAAACUGCAUUUUGAGUGUUUUUCUCAAAACUAUUUGGAUUUUUUGAUCUUCCGAUCAAAAUUUGUAACUUGUGAUCAUAGUUAUGUAAUGAUGCUUGGUUGGCUGAUCACAUUUGACAAAUUAAUCCUCUUGUCCAACCUUUCUCCUUCCACUAAAAUUUUAUUCAGCUCUAAAAUCUGCUGUGACAGCUCCAGGUCCCGGAAUGUCCGGUGUUCACCGGAGUAUCCGGACCUGACACUGUUCACAGACUCAGCGUUAUUUUGUUCUGUUUCCAGUUACCGGACAGUCCGGUGUUCACCGGAGUCUCCGGUAAAAGUGUCAGGACCGGAGUCUCCGGUCUACACCGGAGUUUCCGGUGUCUCCAGAAUUCUAUAUUCUUCCCCAGCCCGAACAGUUACCUCUUUUCAUCUAUUAUCUUGUCCUCUCUCCAAACGACCUUCUCUCCGGCGAUUUUGAGAGGAACUCAAGGAUUUUCAAGUCUUGCUACGAUUAUCUCCUGGAUUCAAGGCGGGAAUCUCCGGAAAUCUCUCUUUCUUAAAAAUCCCCGGAGGAUUUGAGCUCUAAGGUGCUCUUGCAAUGGCCGGAGACCGUUUUGAGAAGGGUCGCACUUUUGAGAGGAAGAAGAAACAAAGAAGUGAUCCCCUCUCUCAAAAAUCAAGUGCUCCUGCCCAAUCAGAAGAUAGUGGAAGCGGCCAUGCCAGUGGUGAAAGAGUUCGCAAAAUAGCCGCAAGUGGUGGUAUUCACAUCGAGGAAGGCAUAGCUGCUGAAAGUAGUGACAGGGACCUUGUGACCCUCUGCCGAACCAAAUCUCAUGCUAUGCGAGGCAGAGAGUCUGCAAGGGGAAAGGGGCAAGCCAGAGUAACUGCAGGAAGAGGUCGAGGAACGAUGCCUUCUACUGAAGAAAGAGGCAAAGGUGCUGCACAAGAUAGCUCAUCUGAAUCCGAGGAUAAUGAAGAAGAUCAAGCUGAUGAAGUCAUUGGUCCCCUAAAGCUUCACAGACCUCGGAGGACAGCUUCUGUUGUUGAUGCUCCAAAAAGGACAGUAAACUACAUGAAGAAUGUAUCAAGGGUUGUUAGUGAAAGGUUAAACAACCCAUAUGAUUUUGAGAAGAAUGUUGCCGAUUAUCGUUUCUGGAAUGACUUUCAGGCAGACUUUUAUGAAACGGUAAUUUUGGCCAAGAAGAAGCCUAUUACUCCCAUGCAAUGGAUUGAUUGGGAUUAUAUGGCCAGGAAGAACAACCCAGUGUUCAACGAAGUGAUUGCAGCCUGUGAGAGCAAAAGGGUGAAAGAUGUUAUGGCUUUCAGAUAUGAUUGGUGCGAGGAGGUUAUUGCCCAAUUCUAUGCCACAGUGUGGUUUGAGGGAUGUGAAAAUCCCAUUAUGCACUGGAUGACAGAGGGAGUCAGAUACAGGAUCAGUUUCAAAGGCUUCGCUCACUACUUCCAUCUAGAUGUCAGAGAUACCUCCAGGGAUCAGAUUCACAAUGAAAAUCAACUGACACUGGAAGAAAUUGGGUUCAUGUAUCUAAAUCAUGGACGAGUUGAGUUUGGGAAACUCACAGGGAUGAGGCCUUUCUAUCGUUGCUUGAAUUCCCUAUUCCGGCUCACCUUGGCACCCAAGAGUGGGGAUGCAACUACAGUUCAAAGUAUCUCCAGAAAUCUCCUUGCAGCCAUGUCAAAUGAUCAUGCUCCGUUCAGUGUGGCUUACUUUCUAUGGGAGGAAAUUGUUUUUACAUCCAAGUCACCUAUAAAAAGUUGUGGAUAUGCCCCUUAUCUCAUGUUUAUCAUUGAAAGGAUAUCCAAAAAGACUUUUGUCAAGGAGAUCAAGCAUGAACCAUACAGAAUGAGGCCGUUGAACAUUCAAGCUCCAUCUCCUUCUCCAUCUCCUCCUCAUGCUCCUCCUAGCUCAAGACCGUUUGCCUCGAGACGUGCUCCUCCUCGAGGGUCUUCCUUCAUCAAGAGUGCUCUCAAAGCAAUUUUCAAGAUUUGCACUCACAAUGCCACUGAAAUCAAGAAUCAAGGUGCUCGCUUAAAGAAAAUGGAGGAUCGUCAGAAACAAAUGUACACAUCCAUGAAUCUCCAACCCCCUUGCUCUCCUAUUGAGUCAGAUGAAGCGGAGAGUGCACCGUUUGAGGUUGAGAACCCUUGGGCAUGGUAUGAUGAAGCUCAAGCAGCAGCCGAAAGCUCUCAACAACAAGCUCAAGACGAUUCCUCUGACGGCAGCGAAGGAAGAGAAGACGUGGAAGACGAUGAUGAGGAAGAUGGUAGCAGCGAGUAGGCUCCUUCUCUCUCUUUUUGGUGCUUGAUGCCAAAGGGGGAGAGAUAGUUAUCCUUUAUCUUAGUUUCCUUAGUUCUUUUUUUUAAAAAAAUCUCUUUCGCUGUUGGACAAUUGGAGUUUGGCUUGUGAUGAACCCUUGUACUAUUUAAUUUCAUAAGACCUUUAUGUUAGUAUGAUGAUUGUUGCUCUUACAUUAGUUUUGUGUGCUCUAUGUCUUUUCAUAAUCUUUUGCUUCCCACUGAUUCUAGGAUAUAGGGGGAGCUCUUGUGUUCCACUUCCUAAAAUAAAUGCAUUGUUGCUUAACUUUGCUUAGAACAAUGCAUACAUUUAGGGGGAGCUUACCAUAUCUUCUAGAAUUUAAAACAUUUUCUUGUAUCCUUAUGUAUCCUUUAAUCGGGUUGUCAUCAAUCACCAAAAAGGGGGAGAUUGAAAGUGCAUCUAGGCCCCCUAAGUGGGUUUUGGCUUAUUAAUGACAAAACGAUUAAAGAACUAACGUGCUUUGUAAGUAUUGAACAGGCAUGAGCAUUAGUUGUGAAGGCAAGUGACGUUUGUCGCCCGUCGAAACAAUUGAAGAUUCAUCGAAGGCUAUUAAAUAGGUCUUAAAUUCUUUUCACUUUUGAAUUUGAGUCUAGGAUAGAUUUUUUCCUAGAGGGAUGUUUUUAUUUUGCUUGAUUAGUGUCUCAAUGCUCAAGAGAACCUUUAGAAUCACCUAAUUGAGAGACACAUUC